CACAUUCAACGAUGAAUGGACUCGGGUCUGUCUGUCACGAAAGCAGGAAGUGUGCCAUCGUACCCAACGAGGACCGUGUCUCAAAAUGACGUGUUAGUCUUUCCGCAAUGGAGCCCUCGAUCGAAGUUCUAGUCCACAUUUCCGCUCCAGGCGACGCAGAAGAUGACGCCAACCAUCGCGCGCUUGCAAACGCUUUCCUGCAUUUCGAACCCGCCACCAAGUUCAGGAUAUAUCCCGAUGAUUCGGAUGGAAGUGAUCAACUACAUAUUCUCACUCAAGCUAGUAAUAGCGAUCAGGAGAAUCGUGGUAGAUGCGGUUCUACCGAUCGUUCAACACCUCCAUGGAAGAGGGGGAUAGACGCUGGUUAUGAACGAGAUGAUUCUGUCUUCUAUGACGAUUUUGAAGAGCGACAUUCGUGUGAUUUCUACGAGGGUGCAGAGGGUGAUACGGAGAUUAUCCCUUCUCCCACCAAGUUUAACGAGACGGAUUCCUUUGAAACUCCGCCAGCGACGGUGCCUGAUUCUCAGCCACCUUUUUCACCGACAUGGGACGUCCUGAAAUAUGCCCAAAGGGAUGGAGAUUCUGGCACGGAAUCCCCGGCUGGAGAAAUAAGUAUCUUGGAGCCGAUUGCCGCCACGGAAGAGAAGCCCAGCGAAGUUCCUGUCUCGCAAGGCAACGUUGUCGAAUUGGGUUCAUUUGAGGUACCUUCAGAAUCUGCGUUUGGAUCUCAGUUUUCAUUCAGAUCUAUCGGAGACCCUGAGAGAAGUAUCAGCCCGGCCAUGAGGUCCAUUAAACCAGUGCGGAUUCGUGAACCACCAUCAUCUUUAGAGGUAGCGUCUCCGCCAAAACGAACUUGCCUUCCCGAAACUAAAGAUGAUAUCAUUUCACUGUUAGAAGAAACUAUUCCAUCUAGUGAAUUGGAAGAAAUACUAUUCUCGGACAAUCCUGGUUCUUCCAGUUUGCCAGAACUGCCGGCGGAGAUUCGUCCACCACCUCCGGAAGCAUCUAACAAGGCGAAGUUUACAACACAUAUCACACCACCCCUACAUUUGCUAUCCGAAAAAAUGGGCCUUUCCCGGUUUAAACCAGCCCAUCAAACACGUCGACUGGGCAUACUCGAGCGGGGAUACUGGUACAUGCGAAUUCCGGUUGUGCUCAAUAACGGAGGGAGCACAUCGAGCAGGCCUGCUGAAGGCUCGACAGCGUGUGCCCUAACAAGCAAUGAGCGUAGAGAUCCUGUCCCCUGGUCAACUGGUUUAUUUUUACGGUUCUGGAACUAUCUUUCAAAAUUUGUGGGCCAGUACGGACGAGCAGGCUGGGGAGUUUGGUGCUUCUGUGACUCUGCUAAAGACCAGCCCAUAGUCGACUCCGUACAGCCACUGGACGUGAGGGUCUACUCGUGGGGCGAAACCGCUCCGUAUAUAUAUUUGUUACUUUUCUUGGCUAGCCAUAGAGGGAUCAAGAAGAUUCCGAACGUGCAGUGGAGAGACGGCAAAGGGGAAGUGGUUAUCCAAAUGGACUGAUAGCCGAGUUGUUUUCAUGGCCAUGGCCUUCCAUUGAUCCGCCGGUUAUCAGGCCGGGCGAUCACCACCUCUUGACUGGCUAGCUGCCUAGAAGUUCGACAGCUGAGACUUGUCUUCGCUCUCUCCAAACCAGCGUCUUCGUGGGGAAAUUUAACUUUGCUGUGGUGGAUGUCUUCCCCAACUCAAAAUCCCCGCAGUUGGCCACACUGCACGGCACGUCAAUUUCAUCCCCCGCAAUUCAGGCACUGGAAUGUGCACGUCGAUUCUCCAACAUCAGUUCUCGACAGCAGUGUCUGUGACAUACAUAUCGAGUAGCGAAGACGCAUGUAGAGUACAUGCGUCCCUAGAUCUCACUACAUCAUCGCGCGAUUCUCGUUCGCGGCAUGGGCGAGUGAACAGUGUCCCGAUUGGCCACUUUAAACUAAACAUGUACCACCCCCACACACAAGCUACACGAGCGC